AUGAAGAGGCAAAGAGGUGCAAGUGUGAGUAGUCUUAAUAACAACCCCAAGAAUCCUCCUCCCAAUGUUGAAGAUGUGGUAGCAACAAUGGAGAAGAAAAAAGGGAAGAAAGAGGAGGGAGAUGAACAAAAAGUGAGUGCGGUGAUGGAAAAGAACAAGGAAAUAUUCAUCAAAGAAAUGGGUGAGGAAACAUCAACAAUAAGAGAGGGUGUGAAUAGUAAUAAUGUGAUGAGUUGGAAUAAUAGGGAAGAGUAUAUGCCAUCAUGGUUAGGAGGUAGUACUAUUGUGGAUGAACAAAUGUCAUGGGGUUCAACAUGGUUUCCUGGUUGGGACAUGGAUUUCAUGAUGGGUGAAGCUUUUAAUUCUCUUUAUAGUGAUGUUGUUUGGGAUGAUGAUAUUUGGAAUCUCAAAAAUGAAAUUCCAAUUCCAUUACAUGGAAAAAAGUUUGAGCUUGAGUAG